AUGCAACAGCCUACUCUUCAAAAUGUCCACAUCCGCUCCACGCGUGAUGCCUUGCAGAUAUUCUAUUCUGUGGCGCGGAACGUCCUGCCCAUGACUACUCGUCGCCUAGACGCAGAGGAGCGCAGAGCAAUAACUUCCGGGAAUGUCUACGUAUGGGAAGAACGUUGUGCUAAUUCCGAAGCUACUGGAAUGGGCAUGGAGAGAUGGACGGACGGCAUGGGCUGGGGACCCAGUCGAGUGCGAGAUGAUUUUCUCUAUUACCACCAGCGCGAAAACGAAAUCAACGAUGACCCUAGCCACCCAUCUGCUCGAUGGGCUAGUAUGAUGAGGCGACGAGAUUCCCGCCUGGGCGGGUUACCGUAUUCGCGUCUAGACACCGAGCGGCUGAUAAAACAGACCUAUAGCGUCCACGUAUCCCUGCCUGAUGACCGUCUUCGCGCCAUCACGAGAAAAUGGCACCUCACCGCGUACUUCAGCCAACUCACACUAGAAAAUCUGGGCACCAUCGACACCGUGAAAGGAGUCGGCGAUGUGCGCGUUCCUGAAGGCUGGUUUAAGAGCGCGCGAGCGAGUAAGGCCAAGCGUCCCGAGUCGCAUUCGAGUGAUGAGCUCACUCCGGCACUUGAACCCUGGAGGCUUGGGCGGCAGCCAUCAACUAGCAGAACCCAGGCUGCGAGUUUGACCGACGCGAGCUCGUUGCGGCACAUGUCUCGUCCUCCGCCCGACGUGUACCCUGUGCACCAGACAUAUCACACCUCACCGUCAGAUCAUCGCCUCCCGCCAGACAUACCCACCCCCAUCCGCAAACCUCAAACAGCCGGUGACCCUUCCACGCGCCCACGCCUGCCAACGCUGUAUGAUACUGGCCUGCAAUCGUAUAGGGACCCUUCGCCGUGUACGCAAUCGUCGUCGUCGUCAUCAUCGGAUAUUGUCUUUUCGCCCCGUCCCUAUUCCACCCCCGUCACACCCCCGAGCACAUCAUCGUUGCAUCUACCUCCUCCACAAAAGCUGAUGAAUUCCGAUCUCGGUCCCCGAGAGCUCGUACCGCUCAACUAUCUCCAAGGAAUCUCCGGGCCUGUCAGGGAUCCCUUGGACGAGGCGUUCUUGCGUCGCUUCUCUUCUUCGAACGCGAUGAAGCCACCACCGUCUACUCCCCACCAAUCGUGGUCGGGCAGGCAGACACCCUCCGUUUACGCGGGGUACGACACCGAAGACAGGAAGCCCAACCUGUCUCUCGACACUAAAUGGUGA